AUGGCUCAACCUCAAGAAAUUCAAGAUCAUCAAGGAGAGAAAGUUGAGAUGGGUUUGAAACAGGAAGAGGUUGCUGCUGUUGGAGAUGAUUUAUCUUUGAUGCUAAACAUCCUCAAGCCUGAGAAUAUGGAAGAAGAUAAAAAAGGUUAUGAUUUUGAUUCUGUGAUUUUAUCUAAAGAUUUUCUUAGAACUUGCAGUGAGUGCGGUAAGCAGUUUACUUCUGGUAAGGCUUUGGGAGGUCACAAGAGAGCUUGUCUCCAGAAAAAGCAUCAAACAAUUGUGAGGAAAGUAUUAGCUCCUACGAGGUUUGAUCAUCAACGGGAAAGUGAUGGAGGAUGGAAUUGUUUUGUGUGUCAGCAACCUUUCAGAUCUUUGAAGUCUUUGUAUGGUCACAUGAGGAAGCAUCCGGAGAGAGAAUGGAGAGGGAUUCAACCUCCACAGCCAGCUAGUAACAAUGAUGUUGAUAACGAGAACGUUCAUCGGGAUGAUGAUGAGCCUUGUGACGGCGCUGAUGCUGGAUCCACUAUGGACGUGGUGGAGUCUUUGAAGACCUGGUCGGUUAAGGCCAAAAGAGGCCACAGGUUAUCAUCUGAGCCUCGUCUCUCUACUUCUGUUUCGGAGGAGGAUGAAGAUGAAGAUGAUGAAGAAGCUGAAGCUAUGCAACAAGCUGUCAAUGAUCUCUUGCUGCUAGCUGAGUAUCGAUCCAAUAAGCAGCUUGGUUCUGGUUACGGCGUGUUGAAAAUCAAGGAUGAUGGAGUUAACGAGAAGGCAGAAAUUUUGAACACUGUGUUGGAAGCUGAGAUUGGGAAGAUGAACAAGAGGUGUGAUUCGGAGGAGACUUGGAUUGAGAACGAUAAUGAGGAGGAUAGUGAGAUGGAGUUGUCGAGGAAGACGAAGCAGUUGAAGAAGAGAAGACUCAUUGAGUUUGAUGAUAUGGAUUGCUUGAAUGAAGAAGCAAUAACAGUAAUGGCUCCUCAAACCUAUUCUUGCCCAAUAUGUGAUAAGGUUUUCGGUAAACAUCAAGCUCUCGGAGGUCACGUAGCAAGUCACAACAAGAUCAAGAACAACUUUACUGCCAAAGAAUCAUCAACUUCCUUGGCAGUCUCAGCUUCAGCAGAUGGAAAUUGUAACAAUAAUGGUGUGGCGAAUGAGCAGCAAACUAGUGGUGGUGGUGAUAAUGAGCAUCAAUGUAACAUAUGCAGCAAGAUAUUCCCAACUGGUCAGGCUCUUGGAGGACACAAAAGACGCCACUGGACAGGCCCGCCUGAAGCACUAUCAAGCUCAAGUCAAGUGACAACAUCUGCUGGUGAAGUUAAUCAGACAACUCGAAAUAAGCUAGUUCUUGAUUUCGAUCUUAAUGAUACACCACCUGAGUAUUUUCAGAUUUAUGGUGCUGAAACAGCUGCUGCUUAAUUAGCUAGUUCUUUAAAAAAAAAUGAGAAAUUUUGAUGAGUUUAUGAAGGUUCUAGAUCAGUAGAUUGAUUGACUUUCAACUAGUUUCUUAUAGUUUCAUUCGGUUGGUCUGGCUUUGAAUCUUUCUCAGUGAAGUUUUUUUCUAGUGGGGUCAUUGAAACCUAUCUUAUAGUGUUAAAUUUUCUUCAUCUACGUUUGGUCCAAGAGCAAUUUUACUUUUAGCUUUAUCAAACUAAAUUAUUUAUUAUGUAUGGUUUGAUUAUUGGGAUAUGAGGUCAAUUGUAGCACCACUAAGCUGUGGAGGUGACAACAGCAGAAAGAGAAGAGAGUGGCCUAGGAUUCAAAAAGUCAAUUAGCAUAUUCAACCACUUUAUAUGUGUCUUUUAAGAGCAACCUUUUAUUG